AUGCCUCUUCCAGACACAAUCUACUGUGCCCAGCAAAUCAACAUCCCUCCCGAGCUGCCAGACAUCCUCAAAAAUUUCUCUAAGGCAGCCAUUCGCACACAGCCCAAGGAUCUGCUGCUGUGGUCUGCAGCAUACUUCAGUGCACUGUCUAAAGGAGAGUGUCUGCCUGUCAAGGACAGGCUGGAGAUGAAUGUUGCCACCCAGAAGACAGACACCGGGCUGACUCCAGGUCUAAUUAAGAUUCUCCAUAAACAGCUGUCCUCAGAGCAAACAUGCAGCAAGGAGCAACUGCAGAAGAAAUGGAAAGGUCUGUGUCUACCCAUGGACCAGCUUGAGGCCCUGCUGUCGCUGGGCUACUUUGGCCCAGACAUUGACUGGAUGGAGUUUUUCGCCCUGGGAUGCAGUGCUCUGGGAGGGACCCUCGUGAGUUCUCUGAAGUUUGCCUGUGAGAUCCUGACAGAGGAUGAGGAGGGCGGUGCUGCGAGGAUCCCGUUCAGCACCUUCGUCAAACUUUACACCUACCUGGCUCUACUGGAUGGGGACAUGCCACAGGAACACAUUGACAACUUCCUCAGCAGCCUGCAGGCACAAGUGGAGCUCCAGGAAGGGAUGAUAAAACCUCUGGAUUUUAUUCAUCGGGAUGAUAUGGACUCAACUCCUCCUGAUUCAUCAAACUUUGGCAGAGCAACCUCAAGAGCUGAACGAGAGCUAUGAAAGACAGAAAUGAAAGUUGUAUAUGGAACAGUGAAAGCUAAACCAAAUCCUAAAAGAUCUGUUGGUAAGUGCAGGGUGUAGCAUGUGUUGGCUGGUGACUAGAAGAGUCAGCUUGAAAUGCCUACCACUACACUGUAUCUGGUGUAACUAGAAUCACAGACUGUAUGCCAUUGACAUCCCCUUCCUCAACGAUUUGGGUUUGCAACUCGCUAUUAUUUUAAAGCUAAGUUUGGAUGAAGCAAACCUCCGCUUCUAGCUGUGACAGGCACCUGUCAGUCAAGCAAACGCCCCCAAAGCAUUUUUCUCUUUAAGCCUCAUUAUCUUCUUAAUGGAACAAUGAUUUUAUAAUCUCCACUGUAGCGCAUGUUAGCGGACGUCAAAUGAAUUCAUUCUCAGAGAGAAGUUGGAGGAGUUUUUCCCACCAAAUUCAACACAUUCUGGUAUUUGAUGGUGCCAGUAUCCUGCAACCAUUAGAGGAACAGCAUUUUAAGACACCUCCGCAUUGGCUUCACCACUCUGCCUCACUAUUACAGCAAGGUUAUGUGUGUGUUUGUGUGUAAGAGGACAAUCUCGGCAAGAAGAGAAGAAUCACACUUUUAUUUUGCGGCGUUACUCAGUGCUGUCACACUUAACUCUUUUGCAAAGGGCAUCAUUUGCUUAACAGUAUAGAUUAUGUAAUUUUAUGUAAUGCUUUUGUCUAUUUAUUAUUGAUGUGGAUUUUGUCUACUGUCUAACAAUGUUUGGGGAAUAUGCUAACAACAAUACAUGAAAUUGAUUUGCCCAGGCUAUAUUUGGGACCUGUUCUUACACACAUGAAAACAUAUCACAAAAAGAGCGUAAUUAAGGGCCAUUGCUGACUGAUUAAAAUUAGUUAAUUACC